GGAGCCGGUUGGGGGUCGCCGUCCGUCCGUCCGUCCGUCCGUCCGUCGGCCUCGGUGCUGCUCAUCCUCCUCCUCCUCCUCUUCGCCGUCGGCACCUUUGUUGCUCUCCGCCAGCCCAGCGCUUGCGGGACAAAAGCUCGUCCGACGCCCAUCAUGGCAUCGACGUCGUCGUCGUUCCUGCUGCUGCUGCUGCUGCUGCUCCUUCCCGAGGUCUACGCGAGCGGAACUCCUCGAGGACGAGGACGGGGAAGAGGAAAAGGAGAAGGCGCGCUCGAUUGCGGACCGGGAAAGAGCGACGAGUGUCCAGACGCGUCCGUCAAGAAGAGCGACCUGCGCGUGUGCGACGCGGCCACGUGUCGUUUCGGCGGCACGUGCCGCGAGAGCGGCGCCGACAUCAAGUGCGUUUGCCGCUUCCACUGCCACAAGAAGUACGUUCCCGUGUGCGCGUCCGACGGCGACACGUACCAGAACGACUGCUUCCUGCGGCGAGCCGCCUGCAAGAAGCAGCGGGCCGUCGCCGUCGUCUCCGAGGGAGCCUGUCGCCACGAUGGCGCUUCGGGAUCCGGAGACGGAGAUGACGAAGGUUCCGGCGGCAGGAAAACGUCCAAAUGCGGAAACUGCAAGUUUGGCGCCGAGUGCGACGAAGACGCCGAGGACACGCUCUGCAUGUGCAACAUCGUGUGCAACGGCCACAACGACAACCCGGUGUGCGGCGGCGACGGCGUGACGUACGAAACGCCGUGCCACGUGCGGGAGGCGUCGUGCCUCAAGCAGACCAAGAUCGACAUCCGCCACGUGGGCCGUUGCCAAGACAAAAGCAGGAAGGACGACGGCGCCAAGAUGAACCCGGACGUGUUCGGGGUUUCGAAAGCUGGCCAGGAGGAGGGGCUGGAGGAAGUCUCCGCCCCCUGCCCUCCAGACCACGCCCUCAUUUGCACGUACGGCCAAUGCGAGAUGAGGGACGGCCGAGCCGCGUGCAGGUGCUCGCCGUCGUACGGCGGUCCUCGCUGCGACCAGCUGGUGGACUUCAACAUCCUCUACGUGGUCCCCAGUGGCCAGAAGCUGCACUACGUCCUGAUCGCCGGCAUCAUCGGCGCAGUCCAGAUCGCCGUCAUCGCGGCGCUCGUCAUGUGCUUCGCCAGGAGGUGCAAGCAGGCCAAGCGAGGCCGCAGGAACAAGCAACAUCUGGGCCACUUCCCGGCGGGGACGUCGUCCAGGAUCAUGUAGCCUAGCCUGGCCUAGCGAGCAGUCACCUGAUCCACUUUUUUCCACGGACACUUUUGAUAACUCCUCUUGUGGUGCCUCUCCCUUUUCUCGUUCGACUCCCGAGGGGCCUUAUUGUUUAUCUUUUUUUAAAUUAUUAUUAUUAUUGUUCCUUUCCGCUGCGGAACAUUUGAGAAUCCUCCCGAGGCUCGAGCGCAGCUGAACUUUUUUUUGGGAAGGAAGCGCCGCAUCGCAUUUCAAACGUGGAACUUUUUCUAAUUUUGUAAAGUUUUUGAAUUCGCCGGCCCCAAAGGGACCGCGAGGCGUUUAGGGACCUACGUGUGAUGCUGGCGACGCGCUGCAGGGGGCGCUCUCAUCUCAAUGUUUUGUUUUUUUUUUUUUUCUUGCACUGUCACAUCUUCUUCUUGUCUUGACUUCCAAAGCAACAAAUUCUCGCCUUUG